AAAUUGAGUAAACUUGAUAUAUAUACCUUUAAGCAUAAUUUAUAACCAGUCGCUUAUCCAGUUUACUUCAAGAAUGUGCCCUAUGGCAGAAUAUCGAGUCUUCCAAAUGAAGUCAUCACUUACGUAUGGACGUAAUGUAUAUCUUAUCAUGAAGAAAAUAUGAUCUAAUGAGGUCAUAUUAAAUGUGAAUAUUCAUAAAUCGUUAAAACCAUAAAUAUAAUGAAGUUGAAACAGAUACAUAGUGGACAUUAAAACAUGACGGAAUCUAGGACAAAGUACAGUCGAUGGAUGUCCGACUUACCACAAUGGAUAACCUUUGUACCGAUCAGUUGUUUAGCAAUUCCAGGGUCCCAUAAUUCCGGCACAAGUGACCUUGACCUGACCCUUGGAACAGCUGUCGACCAAACUUCCGGCGUUAGAAGGUUAGGAAACACGUGUUGCGGCCAGCGUGUUGUGCACAGAUGGUCCAAGACUCAGAAUCUCAGCAUUAUGGAACAAUUGCACGCGGGAGUUAGAUAUUUUGAUUUCCGGGUUGCUGUUCAUCCAGACACCAUGGAGUUUAGAUUUGUUCACGGGCUAUAUGGCGGUCUGGUACCACUAGCUUUACAAGACAUUAACACAUUCCUAAAUCAAAAUCCAUACGAAGUUGUCAUCUUAGAUUUUAAUCAUUUCUAUAACAUGAACCAAACUGCGCAUAAUAUGCUUCUUACUGAAAUACGUAAUGUUUUUGGACAAAAGUGCGUGCCUCCACCAUUCUCAAUCCCGAACUAUAAAAUGUGGGGUACAAGUCUUGCGGCGCUAUGGCAGACACCAUACCGGGUUAUAGCUAUAUACCACGAUGACAACAUCAUUCAGUACCCGGAAAUCUGGACUGCGAGCACGAUAGAAGCCCCGUGGGCAAACACAAGUGAUAUAGCUGCUCUGAUAAGAUUUCUAGAAUCAAAUUACUCCAACAAAAUGAGGUAUAAGAAUGACUGUCUAUAUUCCUGGCAGGGUUUACUCACUCCAAAUUCUAAGAAUAUAGCGUUUAAUCUCGGCUCUAGUUUAGAGGAGAGAAUGGCGUCUAAAGCUACCCGCGAGUUUGUAAAAUGGCUGAACGGCGGGAAAGUUCCAGGACCUCAGGGUAUUAACAUAUGUAAUGCUGACUUUGUAGAGAAACACAACUUUAUUCAGACAGUUGUCGGUCUCAAUCAAUAUAUAUCGGAAGUACCAUCUACAUUUUAAAACUGUGUGUUAGACAUUUAUGUAAAGCUUACGCAGGUUGUAAAUGGUUCC